UCCACCUCCAAGUGUGGAGUUCUGGACUUUCAUAUUUGCCCCAAUCUACAUCCUACCGAGGACUUAUAUGAUGAUGCGGUUCAAUAUUGGGAAUUAAGGAGGAUAGGAGCGUGUCCAAAUCAUUAGGUUGGCAGAUGCCAAAGUUUUGUGGCCGGAUCAGCUCAAUUGCCAUGAAAUCUGCGACAUCGUUGUUGACUUAUAUGAUGUUGUGGCUGAAUAUUGGGAAUUAACGAGGAUAGGAGCGUGUCCAAAUCAUUUGGUUGGCAGAUGCUGAAGUUUUGUGGCCGGGUCAGCUCAAUUGCCAUGAAAUCUGCGGCAUCGUUGUUGGCAAGGAUAUAAUGCAAAAACUAACUAAAUCAGCUAUCAUUUAUCGUGGAAGAGCACAUCCUCUUGAUGGAAAUAGAGACCAAUUAAUAAAUGGAUCUGCUGCUUCUAAGAGAGCCAAGUUGUGUGAUGGUACAACACCUUCUUCGAAACACAACUGGCCUACAAAUCCAUUUGUUGAUAUUACUAAUGUUAUUACAUCAACAAGCUCAUCGUUACAUGACACCGCUGGAGGUCAACCGGUAAUUACUACUCAUGACAAUGAUAUCGAUGACAUGAUACGUGAGCUAAGCCUCCCUGAAACAACAAUGGAAAUUAUUCACACGAAUAAUUUGAUUCCAGAAUUUCCGGAUGGUCAUACAAGUACAGUGGAGGCUCAAAUUGAUGAUACACUUGAAAAUCAUUUUGAAAGUGAUGAAGAUGUGAUAGGAUAUGAAGAUGAAGAUUUUGAAUAUGAAGCAGGCUCACAUAAAGCGUUUCUAGAUCUUGGUGAUGCUACUUUUACAUGUGAAUUCUGUGAUGCAAUAUUUUGGCAUGCUGAAAAGUUAGCAAAAACAACUGCUUCUCACAGACCAAUUUUCACCAUGUGUUGUAAUAAAGGGAAUGUUGUCCUCCCUCCUAUGAAAGAACAUCCAUGUUUAUUAGAAGGAUUGAUAUUCGGACUUGAUGAGCGUAGUAGGCAUUUUCUAGAGAACAUUCGUUCUUAUAACUCCAUGUUCUCAUUCACUUCAAUGGGUGGAAAAAUAGAUACACAAAUAAAUGAUGGAAGAGCACCUCGAGUGUUUAGGUUGAAUGGGCAAAACUAUCAUAGGAUUGGUAGUCUUUUACCGGUUGAUGGGAAACAACCUAAAUUCUUGCAAAUGUACUUAUCAGACCCACAUGAAGAGAUUUCAUACCGAGUGCAAUCGGUGAGGGGUGAAGGUGGAACCCAAUUACAUGAAACACUCGUGUCAGACUUGAGAGAUAUGCUUGACACCUAUAAUGUUCAUGCAAAAUCAUUCAGGAUGGCGAGGGAUAGAUUCAAUGACACAAAUUGCACGUCAUUGAAAAUGAAGCUAAUUGGAAAGAGAAAUUCAGAUGGACGUACAUAUAAUACUUCAAAUGUACAUGAGGUUGCAGCACUAAUUGAGGGGGACUUCGACAUUAAUAAACAGGAGAGGGAUGUGCUUAUUGAGACGAAGUCUGGUGACUUACAGUUUAUUUCAGAGUUGAAUCCCUCUUUUCUUGGCUUGCAAUAUCCACUUUUAUUUCCAUAUGGCCAGGAUGGGUUUCGAAAAAAUGUUCUCUUAACACGUCCAACAGAUGGAAGAAAGCAUGUUACCAUGAAAGAGUUCUUUUCAUACAGGCUUCAAGAGCGUAACAAUGAAUCCCCUUACAUUUUGAGAUGCAAACGAUUGUUUCAGCAGUUUAUGGUUGAUGGCUAUACGAUGAUCGAGUCAUCACGUCUAUCCUAUAUUAGACAAAAUCAAAAGCAGUUGAGAAGUGAGUUGUACAGUGGAUUAGCUGAUGCACUUGGACGUGGUGAAACAAAUACAUCUAGGCUAGGGCAGCUCAUUGUACUACCAAAUUCGUUCAUAGGUAGUGCACGUAACAUGAUCCAGAACUACCAGGACGCGAUGGCAAUUUGUAAGUGGGCUGGAUAUCCACAACUUUUCAUCACAUUUACAUGCAACCCUAAGUGGCCUGAGAUUGUACGCUACGUCAGGGAAAGAGGGCUGAAUCCAGAUGAUAGACCCGAUAUCCUAUGUAGGAUAUUCAAAAUUAAGCUCAACCAACUCAUCAAGGAUUUAAAACAAAAUAAGUUAUUUGGAGAAGUGAAAGCAGUCAUUUACACAGUGGAGUUUCAAAAGCGAGGCCUGCCACAUGCACAUAUAGUAUUGUGGGUUUAUGAAAAAGAAAAAUAUGUCUUGGCCACAUAUAUCGAUAAGAUAAUUUCAGCCGAGAUCCCGGAUGAGAGACGUGACCCAGAGUAUUACACCAUGGUGAAGGAGCUGAUGAUACAUGGCCCAUGUGGAUUGUUGAACAAAAAAUCGCCAUGCAUGGUUGGGAACCGUUGCACAAAAUACUUUCCGAAGAAGUUUGUACAACAAACGACCAUCGAUAAAAGCGGUUUUCCAAUCUAUAGAAGAAGACAGAAUGGUAGAACUGUGGCAAAAGGCGACAUUCUUCUUGACAAUAGGUUCGUUAUUCCGCAUAACCGCAUGUUAUUACUUAAGUAUGGUGCCCACAUCAAUGUUGAAUGGUGUAAUCAGACACGUUCAAUAAAGUAUCUCUUCAAAUAUAUAAACAAGGGCAAUGAUAGG